AGCGGCCCAAUUACGACGGUGUAACAUUUUCCCUCUUCACCGCAGCAGACACUCAUCAUGGCCUCGGCUCUUGUCCUCAUCAAUGCGAUUCUUUCCAACGAGAAAUACAAACCUUAUCUUUCGCUAAUCAAAGCCUUCAGGAACGGAAUUGUAUAUGGUUGCAAGGUUCGCUUCCCUCACAGUCUGGUAAUGACAUUUCUCUUCAAGUCUGGCACACUUACUGAGAAGUUCCGUGGAAUCCUGGAAGCAACGUACACCCAUGCAAAGAGCUUAGCCCUCUUCAAUGUCAUCCACAAAGUCAUUCUGCAAAUCUUUGAAUGGUUUGGCAAAAAAAAGAAACCUUCGCAUAUUUUUUGCGCCAGUGUCAUAGCAGGGUAUUGUGUGUUUGGCAGGUACAACAAGGUCAACGAACAGAUAAAUCUAUACUUGCUGUCAAGAAUCACCUAUGCUCUCGCCCAGAUUGCCGUGAAGAAACAAUACAUCCCGCAGCCCUUUCAGAAACCGUUCCCCCUAUUUUUCUCUCUUGUUUGGGGCGUUGCCUUGUUGCUGUUUGAAUAUGAGCGUGACUUCUUGCAGCCGUCGCUGCAGUCCUCAAUGACUUAUCUUUAUGAAGACUGCACCCAGUGGCACAAUCUCACAGACUUCUUGCUUUACAACAAAUUGCCUGACUGAAGAAUUCUCACCAGAAUAUUCUGAGAGUUUCUCAAAACUCUUACACAUAAUUCUUUUUUUUUUUUUUAUUUCUGCUUCAGUUGUUUUUUCAUUGAUGCUGUUAUGACAAUAUCGUUGUCAAUGGAUGCUGUAUUUUCCGGCAUACAAGCCGGAGUUUUCUGACCAAAAUUUACAACCAGGAAAAAGGCAGGUCGUCAAUUUAUACAUUUGAGAUGACUUUGGGGGACCAAAAAUUCCAUGUAAAAUCUUUGCAGCAGGAUUUGGAAAGAUUGUGAAGACGAUUGAAUGGUUCCACUUCAUUCCUACACAAAAUGUACGGCACUGACUUGUUUGCCAGAAAAUACGGUAACCCUAGCAACAGUUUCAUCUCUCUCUCUCUCUCUCCAUUCCAUCAUCUCUGCUCUUGUGUAUAAUAACACUUUUUCAAUAACAACAACAACACCAUCAUCAUGAUCAUCUCUCUCUCUGUUGUCAUGGCCACGUUACUACCUCUGUUACUAUAACAACUGCCAUCACUUCUGUUGUAAUGCCAACACUAACAUCAUUAAUGGUGACUUAUCACUUUUGCUGUCAUUCUGUCUGUUGUCACAGCAAUCCCAUCAGUGCUGUUGUCAUGACUACAGGUUGUCACGAUUACCUCACCAUCAUUGUUGCUAGGGUGACAAACUGUCACUGUUUCUAUGACAACUUCUUCAUUUGCUGUUACUAUUACUACUUAUGACAGUGCUACAUUGUAGUCUCUGUUGCCAUGGUUACUCUUCCAUCACGGUUGUUGUUAUCAUAAAGUUUAUUUCUGAAUCCUUGUUGCUAUGACAUUCUCUCUCUUCCUUCUGCAAUAUCGAUUAAUUUGAUGACUGCUAAUUUGCUUUUCCUCUCUCAUUAACAGAACAAAUUAUAAAACAUUUCAAUCAAGGGAGUUUGGCACGAGAGCCUCAAUGUGGUCACUAUUUGACUUACUAGAAAUAGCAGUCAAAUCUUAUGCUCACACACUGCCUUCUUCAAAGAAAAAAAAUGAAAAGAAUGGCAUAUUAGAUUCUGUAGUGUUUGGCAUAUUUGGGUUGUCAAAUAAAUUCAUUCAUUCGUUUUUUUGUUUUUGUUUUUUUCUACUUGGUAUUCCACCAUCAUUUGUCUGAAAAAAGGUAAAAAUUAUUCAGACUUCAACAAUGAUGUACAAAAGUUGUGAAGGAAGAAUUGAGUUAC